AACAAUAUUUUCGUCUAUUAUUUAUUGUUAGUGUUUGUCUAUUUGCAUCACCAAAUGCAUGGAUUCAUUGAAUCAUGUUGUGUCUAAGAUCAUCGCCACGCUUCAAAAGCACUUUUCCCUUCUCUGACUUUUGUUACAACUACUACCACUACAAGCAUCUUGUUGGGAUGGCACGAUCUUCGAUGGAUGAGAUUUCAGACUCUGGAGCAUUUGUGAGAUCUGCUUCCACUUUCAGAAACUGGAUUUCAAGUGACCCGAAUUCGCCAUUUCCACCGGAAUCAGGGAGGUAUCAUCUCUAUGUAUCAUAUGCUUGCCCUUGGGCUUCUAGGUGCCUUGCUUACUUGAAUAUCAAAGGACUUAACAAAGCCAUCAGUUUCUCGGCAGUCAAACCCAUCUUUGAAAGGACUAAAGAAUCAGAUGAGUAUAAGGGGUGGGUUUUUCCUGAUUCAGAAACAGAGGUGCCUGGAGCUGAGCCUGAUAGGUUGAACGGAGCAAAGAGUAUUAGGGAGCUUUAUGAAAUUGCAAGUGCUAACUACACCGGGAAGUACACAGUUCCUGUGUUGUGGGAUAAGAAACUCAAGACAAUUGUUAACAAUGAGAGCUCAGAGAUAAUCCGCAUGUUUAAUACUGAAUUCAACAACAUUGCAGAAAACCCCUCCAUUGACUUGUACCCCGCUGAUUUAAAAGCCCUAAUUGAUGAAACCAAUGAGUGGAUAUAUGAUAGUAUAAAUAAUGGUGUUUACAAGUGUGGUUUUGCAAAGAAGCAAGAACCACACAAUGAGGCUUCAAGACAAUUAUUUGAAUCUCUGGACAAAUGUGAGAAUCUAUUAAGCAAGCAACGCUAUAUAUGUGGCAACACACUCACUGAAGCAGACGUUCGCUUAUUUGUCACUCUUAUCAGAUUUGAUGAGGAAGUAUUCCAAGCAUCGGAGACCAACUUCUCACAAUCAGGCUGUUGCAGCCACGUAGAUCAAACUUUAAAAGGCAAAGAAUUCCUUUUGUUUGAUUCUGACAGAAAAAGAACAGGAAAGUGAUCAGAAAGGUAUUUAGUUUAAGUAUUACAAGAGAUACUAUUCCAGGAAACAAUAAAAUCUGAAUUGCAGCAGGCUCCAUCAAGGCGUUUGUCAAUCCUAGCAGAGCCAACGCUACCAUUGGUCCGAGUGUAUAGCCAAUAGUGGGAAAAUAAUGCAGAUGAUUCCCAUCUAUAUAAGCUCCAAAUUCUUUAACAGGAAGCCUAGCCACAAAAUUGGAACAGCUAUGCUCAUGACUAUCUAGGACCACAUUGAAAUCACCGAUAAAACAUCAAGGACCAGGAUUAGUACUCACAAGAAUAGAUAAAUCAUGCCACAAGGAUCUUAUCUACGCUUGAUUAAUAUGCGGAUGCAUAGAUGGUAGCAAUAUGAGAAGUGACAUUAGCAGCAAAAGAAAGGGUCACAAAUUGAUCGAAAAAGCUCAGCUACUUAACAUUAUUAGUAAAACGCCAUAUAUUUGAAAUUUCCCCAAUAUUUUGAGUAAACAACUGAAAUUUUCAAAUAUCUCCAAAAGUUGACCUCAAAUUAUCAGUGCUAACAAAGGGUUCAGCAAGAAACAGAAAACUUGGUAGUUAGAUGAACAAAUCUUUUAAUUGGGACUUCUUAUUAUUCCCAAUGCCCCUAAUAUUCCAAAGUAAAUCUUUCACCAUUGGUAAUAUUGAGAUUUUCACCCCUAGCUUGCGUUCAAAUGAGUAAAGCCUCCUUUUAGAACUCAAAAUUAAAUCAAAUCGCUGGUAGACCCAAGUUAGUGAGUCUGUGUUUCGUGACCAUUUUUCUUGUAUAAAUAUGGAGUUUGUCCUGUCAUAAUCUUAUUCCAUUUCUAUCGUGAGAUUAAAAACUCAAUUUUCUACCCCAGGCUUGGAAGGUACAUAGUUGUUGCUCUGAGUGUCGUCUUCCAAAUGUAAACAUAAAGAGAAGAAAUACAUUUUCUAUAGUUCAGACUAGUCUGUUUUUCCUGCUUUUUGUGUAAUGCUUUACUCUGAAUCAGACUAAUGAAAACAAAUCAUCUCAGUUAGUUCAUUGUUUUACAGUGGC